AUGGUCAGCCGAAGGAAGAACUCGUAUGGCAGUCUGCAGCUCGACGUCGAUGGCAUCAUCACACGGCUCACACAGGUAACUAUUAUGUAUCGUAUCUAUUAUAUAUAUAAUAACUACAGUUGUAUACAUACUAUCUAUAGUGACUUUUUUUAAAUUUUUGCAAUAGGAUCUUAUUACUGUAAUUUUAUGGCAUAAUAAGACGUUUCCAAGAAGUAUAUUGUGACUUAUAAGGGUAUACUGUAACUUUUGAUGAAAUGCAGUAACUUUGAAACAAAACACAGUAUUUUCUGUGUAUUGUAGUUUAACAGAGCCAUAAACGUAGCAUAAACAAACCAAUUAAAGGUUAAUGUUUUGAUAACAAGAGUAAUUAAUGUCAAGAUACCAUGAUGAAUAUGUUGUCUGAGUCAUAGCCGUAUUAUUAAACUGUGGAAAUGCAAAUGUUCAGCCGUCCGUAACUUGAUCGGUUUUGUUUUGUAAACAGAAUUACAGGAGAUUAGGUUCUUUGGAGGCUACUAUAACAUCACAUUCGUUGUGAAAUUGUAGUAGCCUCCAACGUUUAGUCUAGUUUCUGGUCAAAAAGUACGUAGAAACCGAAGUUUAAAUCUUCCAGAAUGUCAUAAAAAGAGUAGAUCUAUUUUUAAAAAAAUUAGGUUUUAUGUCAAUUUAAACGUGUUUUCUGUUGCAAACAUAACUCAAAGAUAAGAGAUAUCAGGCUAUCAGUACUGAACUAUAAACUACAAUAUUCUUGUUAUCAUAUCAGUUGAGGGAGUUGGGUUUGCACAGUUGGAGUCGUUUCUGAUGGUAGUAAACAUAAAGUUACAAGUAGUGGUCAAAAAGCAAACAGAAAAAGUGCACAGUAACCUUAAGGUGCGUACUGUAGUUUUAAAAAAUAUGAUACUGUAAUUUGGUACAACAACAAGCUACUGUGGUUAAAUCAACAAAUUAUCAUAUUUUUUAAAUUUUUUUAGUUGUACGGUAACUACAACCUGUAGUAGAAAGUAUACUAUACUGUAGCCACAUUCUUAGUCUUGAUAUAUCACUAUGUUACAGUACUAUCCAUACCAUACAAUAAUAAAAAAAUACCAUUUAAUAACUAUGACAUUGUUGUAGCAGCACAACGAUGGCUGGCGCAACUCGCUGGACGUGUCGGAGAACGAGAUCAAGAUGAUAUGCACCUUGUCGCGGGAGAUAUUCAUGCAACAACCCAUGUUGCUGGAGCUGAACGCGCCGCUGAAGAUCGCGGGCGACAUUCACGGGCAGUUCAGCGACCUGAUCAGACUGUUCAAGCUGAGCGGCUUCCCACCCUUGUCCAACUACCUCUUCCUCGGCGACUACGUGGAUCGCGGCGCCAAGAGUCUGGAGGUAGGCACGAUAGGUUUAGUUUAAGAGGCAGGGUUGCUUUUUCCUUUUAUAGACCUUUCUUAUGACUCUGAUAGUUUUAUAAAAGGAAUUUGAUGUGUUUUGCUUAUAUAAAUCUUGCUUAUAUAGAUCAAUAUAUCAUGAAAACGGGCUGUAUAUCUUGUAUUAUACAUGACUUAAACUUAAGCUUUCAGACCAUUAUCUUGUUGUUAUGUUACAAAAUUAAAUACCCUGGCAACUUCUUCAUGCUCCGAGGGAACCACGAAGUUGCAGCACUAAACAGAAUAUACGGCUUUUAUGAUGAGUGUAAGUUUAUUCAUCAAUUGAUAUUAUAAACAAGCCAUAUCUAGGUCUAUAAAUUCAUUUUAUGACAUUUAAGUAUGUUUUGAUAUGAUAGAAGGCUUGGUGUCUACCAAGACAACAUUAUAACUAAAGAAGAAACUAUUUUAAUAGCUUUACUUGAUAAUUUUCAACAGCUAGUUUUAGACACUUAUUUCUUACCCAACAACCUUGUUUUAGGCAAACGAAGAGUCAGUGUGAAAGUAUGGAAGUCCUUCCAAGACGUAUUCAACUGUAUGCCGGUAGCCGCUCUCGUCGAAAACAAGAUUCUGUGUUGUCACGGUGGCCUCUCUCCUCACCUCCGCACUCUCGAACAACUCAAACGAAUCAUUAGACCGAUCGAUGUGCAAGACAGUGGACUGUUAUGUGACGUCUUAUGGUCGGAUCCGGAUGCCAAAGUAAUGGGAUGGGCACCCAACGAUCGUGGCGUAUCGUACGUGUUCGGCCCCGACGUGCUCUCGCAGUUCCUUCAGAAAAUGGAUCUCGACAUUGUGGUACGAGGGCAUCAGGUGGUGGAGGACGGGUACGAGUUCUUCGGCAAACGAGGUCUUGUUACCAUAUUCUCGGCCCCCAAUUACUGUGGCGAGUUCGACAACGCGGGCGCGGUUAUGAAUGUUGACAGGAACCUGCUCUGCUCGUUCCAAGUGAGUCUAUGAUAACAUCAACUUUCGUUUCUGGGAAGAUACUUGAAUUCUGAGUAGUCUUAGAAUCUCAAAACAAAAAUGGUGUAGAUAGAGUAACAUAGACGUGUCCAAAUUAAGACUUUACCCAUUAACCGUUUCCAGAUCCUCAAACCCCAACAGUCCGUCCUGAAAGAACGCCGUUCGAACGUUGGCACGGCGCCCUCGUUCGGCACGAUGAUUCACGAUAUCAAGUACGCGGGCGGGGACCUGAAGCAGCACAAGUUGUUCCGUCGCGGGAUGCUCUGA